AUGAUUUGGUUUUUCAAUCGUACUGGUAAUGGAUCAUUGGCCCAACGUAUUGCCAAUUUAAGUGGCCCAGUGGCUGACUUUAGGAUCUUCCUUCGAUACUAUGGUCUUCUUCCUUUAGUUCAAUGGAUGAUCCAUAUUGAACAUCAUCCCCCAGUAACACCACUCCUUUUACAUAUCGAGCGUGUCCAAAAUCUUACCAUGAUCCUUUAUUACCCUCUGGAACACAUUUGGUGGCUUGCGUAUCACAAGGUCAUAAAUAUGUCUGAUGCACGGAUGAAUAAAAUCGGAAUUUGGAGCUGUCGUUUUUGGGCGGCUUAUGUCAUUCUCCAACUUUGGCAUCUCGCUUCAGAAUGGAGCAUGCAUAAAAGACGAAAGCGUGAUAUGAUUAAAAAGGUGGAUGGUGAUGAAGUAGAGAUCAGACGAGAAAAACGGGUGCUUAAAGCGGAAGGAGAGAGAAUCAUAAGGGAUACGAUUAUUAACAUUGGUUAUUUGCCGUUGACACUUCAUUGGUCGAUUGAAAAAUCAUCUUUUCCAGACGUUGGUGUUGGUAUCUUUGGAACGCUUGCCUCUUUUUAUCAGCUGGUCGGCGCGUGGAAAUCAGCCAACGAAUAA